AUGGCGUUACUAAUUGCCAAUGUCAUUACAGAAAAAAUUAUCAAGAAAAUCAAGAAAUCUGAAGUAUUCGGACUUUUAACUGAUGACGUCACAGAUGUAUCAAACAUACAAAAGCUGGUGUCAUUUAUUCAGUUUUUUGACGAAGACAUUGAUGAUUGUGUAACUAAAUUCAUUGAAGCAACAGAUCUUCUGGAGAGUUCACCUAAUUCAUCUCCUGAUGCUGAAGCAAUUUUUUCAUGCUUAGUUAAGCUAUUGAAGAAGCAUGGUUUAGAUAUCAAUGAAUUGAAAGGCUUUGCAAGCGAUGGAGCUAGUGUAAUGACAGGAAAAAACGGAGGUGUAGCUGCAAAAUUUAAGAACUUGAAAGAAUGCGAAACCAUGAUAAGUAUUCAUUGCGUAUGUCACCGCCUAGCCCUUGCAUGUGCAGAUACAGGUGAUGAACUGAAAUUUAUUCAAGAUUUUGAGAAAUGA